ACAUCAUUAUUGGCAUGAAAAGUUAAUCUUUCCUAUAUAAUCGUUAAUGGCGGCAACAUCAACAGGAUCUCUAAAACCUCUGCAACAUUCGUCAAGUUCAUUGAGUUUCCAUCGGAAUCCAAUCGCAACCAAGAAAGCCCUUCUGCGUUUCGGGUUUGGUGUCCGAAAAAGCCAGAUUCGAUGUGAGAAUUUACAUUCUUCAUCGGAAAGCAAUGGGAAGAGAAGAGGUGAGGCGGUGGUGGCGGCGGCGAAGAAGAGGAAUCAGUCGCCGGAAAGAUGUGCGGCGGAGGGAAGACUGAUCGGAGGAGGAGCAUCGGAGGCGAUUAAGGAGGUGAGGACGAUGAUGCCGGAGAGGAUUAAGGUAGUGAUAUUGACGGCGUGCAUGAUGUGUUUGUGUAACGCCGACAGAGUUGUUAUGUCCGUCGCGGUGGUUCCACUCGCCGACAAGCUUGGCUGGUCGAGUUCUUUCUUAGGGGUAGUUCAGUCCUCCUUUCUAUGGGGUUACAUUUUUUCAUCGGUUAUCGGAGGGGCAUUGGUGGAUCGGUAUGGAGGAAAAAGAGUGUUGGCUUGGGGAGUGGCAUUGUGGUCCUUAGCCACUCUACUCACUCCUUGGGCAGCUGCCCACUCGACCUUAGCCUUAUUGUGUGUCCGCGCCUUUUUUGGCCUCGCUGAAGGUGUUGCAUUGCCCUCCAUGACGACCCUUCUCUCUCGGUGGUUUCCAACGGAUGAACGAGCGAGUGCGGUUGGUAUAUCUAUGGCCGGGUUUCACAUGGGAAAUGUCGUGGGACUUCUGUUGACGCCACUCAUGUUAUCUUCCAUAGGAAUCUCUGGUCCAUUCAUUCUUUUUGCAUCCUUAGGUCUAUUGUGGGUAUCUACUUGGUCAAGCGGCGUUACAAACAACCCUCAGGACAGUCCUUUCAUCACUAGGUCAGAACUCAGGCUUAUCCAGGCUGGAAAACCGGUUCAACCAUCAACCAAUUCGACGAAACCAAACCCAUCUUUACGACUUCUUUUGUCGAAAUUGCCUACUUGGGCGAUCAUUUUCGCUAAUGUGACUAACAACUGGGGAUACUUUGUUCUUCUCUCAUGGAUGCCUGUUUACUUCCAGACGGUGUUUAAUGUGAAUUUGAAACAAGCAGCUUGGUUUAGCGCUCUUCCAUGGGCGACAAUGGCUAUCUCAGGUUACUAUGCAGGUGCAGCAUCAGACUUCUUGAUCAGAACUGGUCACUCUGUAACCUCAGUCCGAAAGAUCAUGCAGUCUAUUGGAUUUAUGGGUCCUGGGCUAUCUCUGCUCUGCCUCAACUUCGCAAAGUCGCCUUCUUGUGCAGCGGUUUUCAUGACCAUUGCAUUGAGCUUGAGUUCCUUUAGCCAAGCUGGGUUUCUCCUCAAUAUGCAAGACAUCGCACCGCAAUAUGCUGGUUUCCUGCACGGUAUUUCGAAUUGUGCGGGUACGUUGGCUGCGAUCGUAAGUACAAUAGGGACAGGUUAUUUUGUGCAGUGGCUCGGCUCUUUUCAGACGUUCUUGACUGUAACAGCGUUUCUUUACUUUGCAACCACCGUGUUUUGGAUCCUCUUUGCAACCGGAGAACGAGUCUUCUAGAUCCAUAAGACUCUCCUUUUUACACUUUAGAGGUUUCAAUAGGAUACCAGAAAAAAUAUUGCUUAAAAUU